UGAAGCAACAUCGGCGGUGUAAAACGUUUUCGAUCAAUCAAACUCCAGUGCAAUGCAGAAAUCCUCGCGGUGGUUUCUGCUUUUUCUGUUUGUGGCGCGAGAGAUUUCGGCGAAGAAUUGUGUAUUAAAACGGGAGGACGGAACAACGAUCGAAGACGAGGGGUUUUCCAUCAUAUUGCCGGAGAUCGAGGACACGGAACAACCGGGAAAGAUCCUGCUCACUCUGAUCGGUGAAAAUGUUCAGGGAAUCAACGAUACAACCACCGAUUCAAACAAGAGAUUACUGUACAUGAAUGCCACUAUCGACGGCACAUCAAUAGUGGUAAUGCUGACUGAGCACUUUGUCGAUUAUGAGAAGUAUGAGACGAAGAAGGGGAUUUACAUCACUGUCAGUUUCAAAUGUCAAGACGAAGAACUACGAAAACUCGAAUUAAUACAACCGAUAAGGGAUACGAACAACCACGACCCCGAGUUUGAGGGUGCUCCCUACGUCUACAGGCUCCCCAUGCCCUUUCCCAGCGGUGUAAAAUUGGAGCUCCUCCAGAAAAUAUCGGCUGUAGACCUGGACAUCACCACAUCCGACAUGAAAUUCUUCCUCGACCCCGAGGACGAGCUCAGCGAGGCAUUCGCGAUAUCCCGGUUGUCAGUGGAUCCUAGCAAUUCCAAGCGUCAGUUCGCGAGUUUACAGACCAGAGCUGUUCUGAACCUGCGGACUGACACCACCUUCCACAUUUAUGCGAACGACUCCGUGGAACCUGUCAGGACUGGUAAGACAACGGUGACGCUUCAGGUGGACAAAGAUAAUUCAGCUUUGAGUUUUGCUAAGCCACUUUACUCCGCAAAUUGCUCUCAUCUUCUUCCUGAAGAG